AUGGAGCCCGAUAGGAUAAGGGAUCAAGCAAUGAGGAAGCGUCGUUUUGUUGAUGCUUUAGUGGAGGAUAUGGAGCGUGAAGCAGCUCUCAGAUCACCGGUGAUUGCAGGGAAUGGUCAACAACAAACUGAGGAGGAGGAUGAUGAUCAUAUCAUUCUCCAGUGGGAGAGCCGGAUGGAUGAUGAUGGAUCUUUCCAACAAUAUGGAAGUUUCAUGGGGUAUAAUGUCAUGAAAGCUGUGGAGGCUGAGCCAUCUCAGAAGAAGGCACAGCUAAGUGGUGAAACGGAGGAUCCAGAUGCGUCAGAGAUAGAACCGCUGAGUGAUGCUUCAGAUGCGCUGACGAAACUACAAGCUGAUUACAUAGGUUCAGGUACUCCCUCUCCAAACCUGAGUCACAUUGACGGAGGCGCGGUGGGCCCGGUACCACCACCAGUCCCAUGA